AGCCACGUAGCAGAUAUGCUGUUAACAACACGGGCGACCAUGCUGAUGACCAGGAUGGCGAUGCCAGGUUUUCAGAUGUUAUUCUGGCAACAAUUUUGGCAACCAAGUCUGAAAUGUGUGGCCAAAAAUUUGAACUGAAGAUUGAUAAUGUGCGGUUUGUUGGGCACCCAACACUGCUGCAGCAUGCUCUGGGGCAGGUCUCCAAAACAGAUCCUUCCCCGAAGAGGGAAGCACCUACUAUGAUUCUUUUUAAUGUGGUGUUUGCACUGAGGGCCAACGCAGACCCGUCAGUAAUAAACUGUCUGCAUAACCUGUCCCGUCGCAUUGCCACUGUGCUGCAGCACGAGGAGCGCCGCUGCCAGUACCUCACCCGGGAGGCCAAGCUGAUCCUGGCGCUCCAGGAUGAGGUGUCCGCCAUGGCUGAUGGAAAUGAAGGUCCUCAGUCCCCAUUCCAUCACAUCCUGCCCAAGUGCAAGCUGGCCAGGGACCUCAAGGAAGCUUACGACAGCCUGUGCACGUCGGGCGUGGUUCGGCUUCACAUCAACAGCUGGCUGGAGGUGAGCUUCUGCCUGCCCCACAAGAUCCACUAUGCGGCCUCCAGCCUGAUCCCCCCCGAGGCCAUCGAACGCAGCCUGAAAGCCAUCCGCCCCUACCACGCCCUGCUGCUGCUCAGUGAUGAGAAGUCCUUGCUGGGUGAACUUCCUAUCGACUGCUCCCCUGCCCUAGUGCGGGUGAUCAAGACCACAUCUGCUGUGAAGAACCUGCAGCAGCUAGCUCAGGAUGCGGACCUGGCCUUGCUGCAGGUUUUCCAGCUUGCAGCUCAUCUGGUGUACUGGGGCAAGGCCAUCAUCAUCUACCCGCUGUGUGAGAACAACGUCUACAUGCUGUCUCCCAAUGCCAGCGUAUGUCUGUACUCCCCGCUAGCCGAGCAGUUCUCCCAUCAGUUCCCAUCUCAUGACCUGCCGUCCGUCCUUGCCAAGUUCUCCUUGCCGGUCUCCUUAUCAGAAUUUAGGAAUCCCCUGGCCCCCGCUGUGCAGGAGACCCAGCUUAUCCAGAUGGUGGUGUGGAUGCUGCAGCGCCGGCUUCUCAUCCAGCUGCACACCUAUGUCUGCCUGAUGGCCUCACCCAGCGAGGAGGAGCCCCGCCCGCGAGAGGACGACGUCCCCUUCACUGCCCGGGUCGGCGGUCGCAGCCUCAGCACGCCCAACGCCCUCAGCUUUGGCUCCCCAACCAGCAGUGAUGACAUGACCCUCACCAGCCCCAGCAUGGACAACUCCAGCGCAGAGCUGCUUCCCAGCGGGGACUCACCACUGAACCAGAGGAUGACGGAAAACCUGCUGGCCAGCCUGUCAGAGCAUGAACGCGCAGCCAUCCUCAGUGUACCCGCAGCCCAGAACCCUGAGGACCUCCGCAUGUUUGCCAGGCUCCUUCACUACUUCCGAGGCCGCCACCACCUGGAGGAGAUUAUGUACAACGAGAACACUCGGCGCUCCCAGCUGCUCAUGCUGUUUGACAAGUUCCGCAGCGUGCUGGUGGUGACCACCCACGAGGACCCCGUGAUUGCCGUCUUCCAGGCUCUGCUUCCCUGAGCCCAGGCGGAGGGCGGAAGGCUGCUGGGGUGUGCAGGUGGGCGCUCGCGUCUUCCCACCCAGGGCUUCCUCCCUGCUGAGGCUGAGCCCUCUUAGCCCUGAGGCCUGGCACUGGGUGGAUGCCGGCCAGCCAUGGCCCAGUGAAGCCUGCAGAGCCCCGCUGUACUGGCCCCUGGUGGUUCAGCUGUGAGGCCGCUGCCCUCCGCUUUCCUAUGCUUCCCUCCAGUCCUCGCCGCAUGUGUAGGCGUCUCCACGCUGGAGGGGGCCUGCCAGAACUCCUGUCUCUGGGUGAGGCCUGCAUCCUUCUAGGCCCAUGUGGGCUGUGCGUUUCUCAGACCCUCCUUUUGUCCCUAGACCUGCUCCCUGGAACCCCCCUCUGUGGCCACCCUGAAGAAUGUGCUGAAACACUUGUGUGGCCUGUCCCCGUCUCUCUGACAGCCUUCCAUUUGUGAAGUGCCCUGUGGCCCUGUCCCUAGCACCACCUCUGUCUGCCAUGCACUUCUUCCUCCCAGGCUGCCAUGAGCCUUUCCUGGCCCAGCCCUCACCACAGUCCAUGGAAGCCACAAACAGGCUCAUAGCCAAGCUGUCACCUCGUCCUGACCAUCUGGGGCGCGAGGGCCUGAACUCCCCUGCUAGGCUGGAGCAGCCCUGUCACCUGUGCACAUCUUGCUGGUGGAGGCAUGGCCCACUGUGCAGGGCCCCACCCUCGGGGGCUCUCUGCUCCCACACCGAUGACUCUCCCCAGCAUCCACACUGGGUCUGGCACUACAUACUCAGGGCCCCCAGCCCUCGUGUCCUGGAGGAAGAGCUGGCUCCAGACACGUGCUGACCACCUAGAAGAGCUCUGGCUAAAGUGCAGUUUUCUAGAAAUAAAACAUUUAUUUGUUUUUUAAA